AUGGAUCGCGAUCGGCGAAGCAGGUACGAGGACGGCGAGGUCACUAGGUAUGGCGCCGGCGAGUCCUGGAGACCCUUCCCUAGAGGGGAGAGGGGCGGAGGAGGAGAUCGCUCUCCUCGACGAGCUCGAAGCCCCCUCCGUGACCGUGACAGAGAUCGCGAUCGUGACCGCGACAACCGCGACCGAGACCGAGACCGAGACCGUGAUCGGGACCGCGACAAUCGCGACAACCGCGACAGAGACAGAGAUCGAGACAGAGACAGGGAGAGAGACCGCGACAGAGACCGCGCUCGCACUCCCCCCUUGACCUCCGACAGCUACGUCCCUGGCAGAUCUCCUCGCCGCAGGUCUCGAAGCGGUGACCGCUACCGACGCGACAGGUCUAGAGACAGAGAUCCGCGCCCGCAGAGCGACACAUGGCGGAGGCGGGACAGAACCCGAAGCCCUGUGAGGCGGCCAUCGCCGAGACGUAGUCCGUCAAGGCGUCGCAGUCCCAUCGGCAGGUCUCCCGCCAUCCGAGACGAGCGCAGUGACCGCGCCAGAUCCCCGCGCCGCGAUAAUAGGGACAGAGACAGAGAUCGCGACCGCGAUCGAGAGAGGGAGAGGGAGAGGGAUAGGGACCUUGAUCGACGGGACGACAGGUACCGCUCGUUGCCCCCCUUUGCGCAGAGCCCAGUCUCAUCCGCUCCCUUUAGAAGACGGUCGCGCUCGCCGUUUGGUGGACGUGACAGGCCCCCGCGUGACAGAACUCCUCCGAGGAGAUCACCGCCUCCUCCGGCGGCUAGAGGCAGCUAUCGACCCCGAUCUCGUAGCACGAGCCGUCGCGGCGGCGAGAGAUACCUCGGAUCCUCCUACAGACGAGCGUCACCGCCUCGAGAUUCCGGCAUCUCGUCGGCCAUCACGUCUCGAUCAGCUUCAGGCAAGUCGUCACCGCAUCCUCCUUCCUCCAUACGAGCACGUUCGCGGCCGCAAUCGAGGGAGCGGGAGCAGCGGGAGCAGCGGGAACGGGAGCGAGAGCGCGAGCGGGACCCCACACCACCCCUCCAGACCGGCGGCGCUUCUGCCAUACCGUCGUCGUCAUCGUCCGCGACGGCGCGGGAAGCACCGCCGCCGCCCUCGAACUCGAAGCCUGCCGCCGUCCCCUCUACCGCCGCCGCCGUUGUUGCCCCCCAAGAGCCGGCCCCUUCGCCGGUUGCAAAGACGCCUCCCCGAGGCCCCGCGGCCCUGCGUGCUCCUCCAACCGGCCCUGCCGCGACCCGAAACUUCUCUGCGCCCGCCGGCUCACCCGUUGUCCAGCCACCUAGACACCCGCAGACCCCGAGCGUGCCGCCCCCUCCCUCCCGAUCGGACGCUACGAGUCCCACGAUCCCACCCGCUGGCCCUCGAGGUUAUGUAGCUCCUGCGCGCGGUGGCGGAUACAAUGGCCGUGGUGGACGAGGCUCUUGGUCUGCCGCGCCUCCUCCUCGUCAAACCCCCGUGCCCACGACAUCCCCUUCUGCAACCGGCAACGGACCAUCGACCAUACCAACCGGUCCGCGCGCCAACCCCUCCAAUGCCACCCCAACAACCUCAUCAGCACCCAAGGCGUUCAACCCGCCCACAGGGCCUUCGUCCCAACACGGAGGCCAGGGCCAGCGUCUCACACUGGCGCAGAGUAUGCUCUCUACCCUCCCUCCUCUCAUCCCGGGAGGCAAGAUCGACCCGUCUUUACUGCCGACAACUACGGGUAUCACCAGAGAGAUCGAGCCGCACUACAAGAAGCUCAAGGGCGAAGAGGAGAAGGCACGAGCGGAGCUUGACGCUAAGCAGGACAAGCUGCGCCAGAGCCUGCAGGUAUGGGAUAAGCUUGAGAUGGAGUCCAAGGCAUGGAGGACGAGGGUCGAUCUUAGUGAGCAGAGCCUCAAGAGUUUGGCCGGAGAGGGCUUGGGAGGUGCCGCGUUCUGA